AUGCGCGCCCCCUCCCCGCUCGUCCUCCGCAGCCUGGGCUCGCGAGUCGGCCAGCACACCUAUCGCCCACGAAACUUCUCCAACAAACACAUUACCCAGAUAGCUUCAAGAUCUGUCGCUAACUACGCGCACCCUCAUCAUGCCUCUGCACUUUCUGUCUUACCCACAGCGGUGGAUACUUCCUCACCCGAGUACCGAGAAAACAGCCAGCAGAUGCAAGAACUUCUGGACCGAAUGAACAGCCUCCAUGCCAAAAUCUCGAAAGGCGGUUCAGAAAAGGCCCGGGAAAAGCAUGUCUCACGGGGCAAGAUGCUUCCCCGAGACCGAGUCUCAGCACUGAUCGACCCCGGCACCUCGUUUCUAGAGCUGUCCCCGCUCGCGGGCCACGAGGUCUAUGAGGGCGAGGAUGUGCCUGCUGGUGGUAUUAUCACGGGCGUUGGCACAGUGGAAGGCGUCAAUUGCAUGAUCGUAGCAAACGACAGCACCGUCAAGGGCGGCACAUACUACCCAAUUACGGUGAAGAAGCAUCUCCGCGCACAAGCGAUCGCCCAGGAGAACCGGCUACCAUGUAUCUACCUGGUCGACUCGGGAGGUGCCAAUCUCCCCCAUCAGGCAGAUGUAUUCCCAGACCGUGACCACUUCGGACGCAUCUUCUUCAACCAGGCCCGCAUGAGCUCCCUCGGUAUCCCACAGCUUUCGGUCGUGAUGGGUCCCUGCACUGCCGGUGGUGCCUACGUACCAGCCAUGAGUGACGAGACCAUCAUCGUCGAGAACCAGGGUACCAUUUUCCUGGCUGGCCCCCCGCUUGUCAAGGCUGCCACGGGCGAGGUCGUUUCAGCCGAGGAUCUGGGCGGUGGUCAGUUGCACUCUUCCAUCUCCGGAGUAACGGACUACCUGGCCGUCGAUGAUGCCCAUGCUCUCGUUCUUGCGCGCCGUUCUGUCGCAAACUUGAACUACCCCGCGACCAAUCUUCCUCUGCAGCUCGAGGAUGCCGUCAAAGAACCAAUCUACGACCCCGCCGAGUUGAACGGUAUUGUCGGAACCAACCUCCGUCGCCAGAUCCCCGCCCACGAGGUCAUUGCGCGUAUCGUCGAUGGCAGUGAGUUCGCUGAGUUCAAGCGUGAUUACGGCACAACACUGGUCACAGGCUUUGCAAAGAUCCACGGCCACCGCGUCGGCAUCGUGGCCAACAAUGGAAUCCUAUUCUCCGAGUCCUCGCUGAAGGGUGCUCACUUCAUUGAGCUGUGUGCCCAGAGACGGAUCCCGCUCGUCUUCCUGCAGAAUAUCUCAGGCUUCAUGGUUGGCGCUGAUGCCGAGAAGGGCGGUAUCGCUAAGAACGGUGCUAAGCUUGUGACAGCCGUUGCCUGCGCUGAUGUCCCCAAGUUCACUGUUGUCUUCGGUUCCAGUGCCGGUGCUGGUAACUACGGAAUGUGCGGCCGUGCCUAUUCUCCACGGCUAAUGUUCAUGUGGCCGAAUGCUAAGAUCGGCGUCAUGGGUUCCGAGCAGCUCUCCUCUGUCAUGGAGGCUGUUGGCAAAUCGGCUGAUCCAGCUCUCAAAGCUCGUAUCGAUCAUGAGUCCGAGGCUGUCUUCUCGUCUGCCCGUUUAUGGGAUGAUGGUGUCAUCCCGCCUGCGCAGACGAGGAAGAUGCUGGGAUUAGGGUUGGCAGCUGCUGUCGGAGGAAAGGCAGAGCCGGAUAUCCAGACCAGGUUCGGUGUGUUCCGAAUGUAGAGCAGGAUUGAUAUACUAGCAUAGAAUUCUUGGAAUGAACUUAUGGCGUUUUAUCGAAUCUAUGACUUGUACUAUUUCGCAUAACCCAGUACAAAAGGGCAGA